GUCUGCUGAGCAUCCAAACCCGCAAUGUGAUCUGAAUCCUUUCGGAGAAUAAAUAGGACAAUAUAUCAGUUUAAGAUAUCAUAAUUUUUUUAUUCAUCUGCAUUUAUUCUCGAUCGCCGGUCAGAUUUACAAAGUGGUCGGAGAGAACCACCGCUAACCCUAGAGUUCUCCACAUUCCAUGGCCACCUCCUCCGAAUCCAACAAUGCGGUCGAUGGAUCUUCCUCUACAAACGGCGCAUUAGCCGCUGCAACCCAGAUCCCGCCGCCCCUCUCCCCACAUCGUAAGGUGGCGCUGAUCACCGGAAUCACAGGACAAGACGGAUCCUACCUCACCGAGUUCCUACUCGGCAAGGGUUACGAGGUCCACGGUCUCAUCCGCCGAUCCUCUAACUUUAACACCGCCCGCCUCGACCAUCUCUAUGUCGACCCCCACAACUCCCACAAAGCCCGCAUGAAGCUCCACUAUGCUGAUCUCUCCGACGCUUCCUCUCUCCGUCGAUGGGUUGAUUCCCUCCACCCCGACGAGGUCUACAACCUCGCCGCUCAAUCCCACGUUGCCGUCUCCUUCGAGAUCCCAGAUUACACUGCUGAUGUUGUGGCCACGGGCACCCUACGCCUCCUCGAAGCUGUCCGAUCUUCCUCUAAGAAGGGGAUCCGCUACUACCAGGCCGGAUCCUCUGAGAUGUUCGGAUCCACGCCGCCGCCUCAAUCCGAGACUUCCCCUUUCCACCCACGAUCGCCGUACGCCGCCGCCAAGUGCGCUGCGCACUGGUACACAAUCAACUACCGCGAGGCCUACGGCCUCUUUGCUUGCAAUGGUAUCCUCUUUAAUCACGAGAGCCCGCGCCGUGGCGAGAAUUUCGUCACCAGAAAGAUCACUCGCGCUGUGGGUCGUAUCAAGGUCGGUUUGCAGACCAAGCUCUUCCUUGGAAACCUAUCUGCAGCCAGGGACUGGGGCUUCGCUGGCGAUUAUGUUGAGGCCAUGUGGAUGAUGUUGCAGCAGGACGAGCCGGCCGAUUAUGUGGUGGCAACUGAGGAUUCGCAUUCUGUGGAAGAGUUUCUUGAGGAGGCAUUUGGGCAUGUGGAAUUGAAUUGGAAGGAUCAUGUGGUGAUUGAUAAGAGGUACUUCAGGCCUGCAGAGGUCGACAGCCUGAGAGGGGAUUCAACCAAGGCGAGGAAGGUGCUGGGUUGGAAACCUAAAGUGGGGUUCAAGGAGCUUGUGAGGAUGAUGGUGGAUAAUGACAUUGAGUUGGCUAAGAGGGAGAAGGUUCUCGUAGAUGCUGGCUAUAUGGAUGCGCAGCAGCAACCCUAGUUGGUGAUCCCACUCUCCUUGGUAAUGUCAAAAUUUAAUAAUAAUAAAAAAAAUCUCCGUUUCGAGUCUACUUUCCCUUCAUUCAUUUAGAUAAAGUGAGAUCUACUUGUUCUUGAAAUACGUGAAACUUUUAUUAAAAGCUUAACGCCAUUGUUGUUUCAUUCUGUUCUUGUUGUGUAGCUGUAUUUUGCUAAAUUUAAUAUUUAACAUAUCUAGCUUUUGGUUCUUAAGCUGUUGUGAACAACUUAUCUUUGCUUUUUAUGUU